CAUAUGGAGUAUAAAAUGCCGAGUUAGAGUUUUUCAUUGCUUUCUCCUUGGCGGCCCUAAGCUCUCUCUCCUCCGCUCUCUCAAGCUUCGCGCUUUUUGUAAAACCCUAAUUUCACUUGGUGCAUACGCUUCAUAUGCCACCUGCCUUAUAGCUGGGCUCUCGAGUAUAUCUCUUUUUCUUCAUUUUUCUAUAUAUUUCAAUUAAAGGGAUUGAGCCUGGAGGAGGCUGUAAUGGAGGUUUCAGCUGCCCAAAAACAUAACAAACAACAACAGUUUGCUUUGGCAUCCAUAACUGAUUUAUAUCCUCCUUCAUCAUCAUCAACUUCUUCUUCUUCUUCUUCUUUAGCUUCUCCAGUGGUUGCUAGGUUUAGCGCCGAUAAUGGAGUUGUGGAGCUUCGAUUUUUUCACGAGUCUGACGCUACUGAUUCUAUUAAUGUCGAUCUUAAUACUGCUCAGUUAUUCAAGCUAGGACCUGCUCAAUUAGUUUGCAUAUGUGAAGGUUCAGCAUCUGAUACCAGUAAAGAGAAAUAUUCAAGAGGAAUCACUGUCCAAUUUAGAAAUGAGGAGGAGAGCAGGGCCUUCCAUUGUGCAUUUGAGCAAUGGAAGAAGGAAGUCAUUGUUCAAGGAAUAAGUUUACCAAAUGGAGCAGUCACAACUCAUAGAAGCAAGUUCGAUAAUAAAAUAGAGGCAUCAUCAGCUAAAAUGUAUUUUCAUUAUUAUGGACAAUUGCUACAUCAACAAAAUAUGCUGCAGGAUUAUGUGAGGACAGGAACCUAUUAUGCUGCUGUCAUUGAGAACCGAGCAGAUUUUUUUGGUCGUAUUGUUGUUGAUGUUGGUGCUGGUAGUGGUAUUUUGUCUUUAUUUGCUGCUCAGGCUGGUGCAAAGCAUGUUUAUGCUGUGGAAGCAUCUGAAAUGGCAGAAUAUGCUCGCAAACUAAUUGCUGGGAAUCCAUCACUGGGUGAAAGGAUUACAGUAAUAAAGGGUAAAAUCGAGGAAGUUGAAUUGCCAGAGAAAGCAGAUAUUCUGAUCUCUGAACCAAUGGGCACCUUAUUAGUUAAUGAAAGAAUGUUAGAAUCCUAUGUAAUUGCCAGAGAUCGGUUUCUUCUCCCUAAUGGAAAAAUGUUCCCUACAGUUGGAAGAAUCCAUAUGGCACCUUUCAGUGAUGAAUAUUUAUUUGUUGAAAUUGCUAAUAAGGCUCUCUUUUGGCAGCAACAAAACUAUUAUGGAGUUGAUUUAACACCUCUAUAUGGAUCGGCAUUCCAGGGAUACUUCUCUCAGCCUGUGGUGGAUGCUUUUGACCCAAGAUUACUGGUGGCUCCUGCAAUUUUUCAUGUGUUAGACUUUACUGAAAUAAAGGAAGAGGAAUUAUAUGAAAUUGAUAUUCCCUUAAAAUUCAUGGCUUCUGUGGGGACCAGAGUGCAUGGAUUGGCUUGUUGGUUUGAUGUGUUGUUUAAUGGAAGUACUGUACAAAGGUGGCUUACAACUGCCCCUGGUGCUCCUACAACCCACUGGUAUCAAUUACGCUGUGUUCUGUCUCAGCCACUCUAUGUCAUGGCAGGACAAGAAAUUACUGGCAGGCUUCGCAUGGUUGCCCACAAUGCUCAAAGUUAUACCAUAUAUUUAACACUGUCAGCUAAAAUGUGGGGUCCUGGGGCUGAACAAGGAGGAAUACUUCAAACGUCAUCAUGCAAACUCGACCUAAAGGAACCAUAUUAUAGAAUGUCUCAGCCACAAGCCUAUGCAAUGGCACAAGAUCAGCAGCCACACCAACUGAUACAUGCACAGCGUUCCCAUCAGCCUUCAGAAAAUUUGAAACUCCAAGGUUUAUCUAUGAAGUUGGAGGAUAUACAGAUUCAGUCAGAAGAUUUAGAGGAACCUGAGUUGAUACAGCCACAGUGUCAAAAUUUGGAGGCUCAGCUCCAGUAAGUUUGUUGAUGGAAUUUUAAAAGAAAUCAAUUUUUAAAGUGGCAUAUGUUUGAAAUUGAAAAACCCCAGCAUUAAUCUUAUGUACUCUUUUUCUCUGCACUGCUUCAGUUCCCUUGUAAAUUAAGAUCAUCAUUAAUUAUUGAACAAUUUUUGUAUUAUUGAUUGCAUAAUUCAUCCUGUGUGUGCUAUUUGAUCA